AUGUCAAAGGAUUCCCAGUGGGCUACGAUUAAGCUUAACUCCACUGAGAUUAAGAGGUUCCCUCUGGACUGUUGGGCGGUGGUCGGACAAGUUGGCAACGCGAAUUUCUGGGCGCGCGCUAAAGGCCACUGUCGAGUGAAGCGGUGGCUUGGAUGGAGACCUUCCGUCCAUGGUGUUGCUAAAAACCCUGUGGAGCAUCCCCAUGGUGGUGGCACCUCUCACAAGGGGCCCAAGCGAAACCCUGUGUCCCCCUGGGGCGGCCUGGUCCUUCAAAAAACGAGGUCGCGUCACAAGCCGAGGACGAACGUCAUCUCACCUCCUUCUGGUGCCACCACUCGGGGAGU